AUGAGCCUGCCCGCUCUAAGAAGCAUGACCACCGUGCUGCUACUCGCCGCCUCUGCCUGCGGCGUGUCGCUGCCGCCGCCCGCCAUCGCCCAUCCGGCCGUCGCACCCCUGAGGCGCCUCGAGCAGCGGCUGGUCGACGACGUGCCGCCGGCUGAAGCGCUGGUCGACGCAAGCCUCGCCGUGUGCUGGGCGCUUCCCGGCGAGCGCCGCAGCGCGCUGCCGCGCAACGCGCGUGAGCUCGCCGAGGCAGCCGCCUUCUUCGACUGGGAGAAUGGCGACACGCUCGGUCAGCAUCUCUUCAGCGCGUCGCUCUGGGAUGACGCGAUCGAGGCGCUCGCCCGCGCGGCUGCCGAGGUGGACGCGGCAGUCGCCGCCGAGGCGGCCGCCGCCGUCGCCGCGACGGCGCGCUUUGUGCUGCUGCCGCCGGCUGAGCGCGAUGCCGCGCUCGAUGCGCUUGCUGCCGCCGUCGCCUCCGAUGCCUUCCUCGCUGCCCGCCGCGCCGCGCUCGCCACCGCAAAGCAGCAGCGUCGCGAGGCAGCGGCGGCCUCCUCGUCCGAGCGCGCAGCAGAGGUCUUUGCCGCCGCUCGGUUGCGCCGCGUGCGCCAGGACUUUGUCGCCGUCGCGCCGCCGCCCGCCGACGACGAGCGCAUCGUCCGUGCGCUCUAUGCCGUCGCCGUCCGCGAGCUCAGCGCGGGGCUGCUCGGCCCACUCGGCUUCCCGACAUCCAAGCUUGGACUGCGCAGCCUCGUCGCGGCGAGCCGACACGCCGGCUCGCAGCGCGGCGCGGCGGCGCUCGGCACGGUGUGGCACGCGGCCGACGAGCCGGCGCCGCUCAUCGUGCGCGCUGGCGCCGCCGCCGCCGCCGCUGCGCCCGCGCCGUCGACGGCCGACGGCGCGGGCGCCCUGAGCUCAUACUCGCCUAUCUCGGGCAUCCCCACGCUGCCGAGCUCCGCGCGCACAUUGGUGCUCGUCUUUUCGUCGCUCGGCUGGCACGGCGUGGUGCGUGCCGAGUACGCCGCGACGCUGCGCGCGGUGGGAGACGACACCCUCGUCCUCGCCCACUGCCUCGACACUGCGCAGUCGUGGUACAUGACCGACCCGUACAGCGGCGAGUACGACGACGGGCGGUGGUGGGACGCGACGCUGAGUGCGCUCUGCGCGCCGUACGGCCGGGUGUGCAUCCUGGGCGAGUCGAUGGGGGCGACGGCCGCGUUGCGUUUCUCCCGGCACGCCAGCGCCAAUGGCGCCGUCGUCGCGCUUGUCCCACAGAUUGACGUGCGCGAUUUUGACUACUCGGGCCGCGACGACUUUGGCGACGCGCGCAAGGAGCGCCUCCGGGCCGACCUCGUGAGCGCGUGCGCCGGCGCAGAGGCGCGCAUCGUGUUGCACGUCGGCCAGGACCCGCCCGACUUGCGCCAGCUCGACUACCUGCCGCCCCGACUGCUGGCCUCAGAGCGGGUGCGCGUCGUCAGGCACGCCGUCGCUGGCCACGCGCUCGGCGCCGGCCUCAAGCACCGGGGCGUGCUGCGGCGCACGGUGCUGUCUGAUCUGCUCGGCCACACUUACCGGCUCCCACCCGCCGGCGAGAGACACGAGACUUGCGAGCUCGAUACUAAACAAAAUACUUAG